AAAACAUGUGGAAAGUCUUCCAACUGAAGUUCAUUCCAUAGUCAAUUUCGAAAGACUCAUCCUGGGCAGGAAGUGAUGAAGAGUAGUUAAUUGUGAGUUAAACUUCAGAAUGUAGACCUCCUCAGACAUCAGAGACUUCAUGAUGCAGCAUUCCUGGUGAGCGUUAUGUCACAGAACAUACAGCAGAUUCCAUUUAUAUAAAGAUCGGAAACCUUGCAAAAAGAAACACUUAUUGUGGAAUACAAUACCAGCAAGCUAAGCAAGGCAAAUGCGUUGCACAAUUUAGACAAAUGACGGGAGCAUUGUGGACCGGGCUUCAGAAAUUCUGGUCAAAUCUCUCCUCAAGCUAAGUGUUGGGCAUGUGGGUAUUGGUUUCUUGUUUAAACUGUACCUAUGCAUUCAUCAUCUGGGUAUGCUACGCAUUAAAAUAAAAACCCUAACUAGCUGGUGGGGAGCUGUGGCGCACGGAUCCUCCUAAAGGCGUCUAAAUUCGGGUUUUGUUUUUUCAAAUCACCUUGCCUGUCUAGCACAACAAGCCCCCGGGAAGAUGCAGGCGGCGCGCACUGCGGGGAGACCACCCGCCUUACUCGUCACGCGUGCGGCCUCGCGUUCCCGCGGACUUCCCGGGGGCAGACAAGAGGGUCGCGUGAGCUCGCUGGGGGCAUCUCCCGGGGGUCGCCCAGCCGCCUUCUGGGAAAUGUAGUUCAGCGCGCGUCCGAGGCAUGCCGGGAGUAGUAGUCCUGAGGCUAGCACGGCUCCGGGACUGCUCCCGGCCUUUUUGGGGCCGGUGGCGCGGGUGACCCCGGCUGCGCUGGGGCGGCCUGCCUGGGGCGGAGACCUCCCGGGGGCCUCUUGUCCGCGGCGGUGGAGCCAGCGCCUGCCUCGUGUUGGGUGGGGAGCGCGGAGCCGGGCGGGGCCGCGCGCGGGUACCCGGAGUCGCGGCACGGCCCGCGUCGGGGGCCGGUCCCAGCGACCCGGGCGGCGGUGCGUUGCGGGCGUCGCAGGUCCCCGGGAGACGCGCGGGGAAGGGAGCGCCCUGCCAGGUCGCUCCGACUCCGUAAGUUCGCAGCCUCUCUCGCAUCUGUAAAAUGGGGUAGCAAUACUUUUCAGAGUCCUUGUGAGGUGUAGAAACAGUACACGCAAAGCACCCCCGACGCUGGUGUGGAGGAGGCAUGCAUCACGGAGUGUCUAUGGUUACUCCUACAGCAGCUUCCCUCACUUGGCUGAGGUGCCCAGCCCCAGAUGACACCCCACACUCAGCUGGCCGAGCUCUCACGCCAGGCCUACCCUGUCGGCAGUCUGCACUCCCUCGAUAGAAAAACAGAAGGAAAGAAUGGCCGUGGAUUUGCUGCCCACUAAGGUGACAGAGUCUGUGACAUUCAGGGAUGUGGCCGUGCUCUUCAGCCGCGACGAGUGGCGGCGCCUGGACUCCACGCAGAGAACCCUGUACCGGGAGGUGAUGCUGGAGAACUACGGCACCCUCGUCUCGCUGGGGAUUCCGUUCUCAACGCCGAAGGUGAUCUGCCAGUUGCAACAAGGAGAAGAUCCCUGCGUGGUGGACAGGGAACUCCCUCAGGACGCCUGGCCAGGUCUCAAGACUCAGCCUGAAAUGGAAGCCUUGCCUCCCAGACAGGGCAUUUCUAUAGAAGAAACAUUUCAGGGAAUGAUGAAGAAAAGGUCCAUUAAGUGUAGUCACUGGGACAACAAUUUUGGACAAGCCUUGGGAUUUGAGAGCGGGACGGAACAGGAGCAACAGAAGAAACCUCUUCGGCAAGUCAUGGCCCCCCACAAAAAGCCUGUGAGUGGAGAUGGAAAGCAGACAAGUGUUGAACUGGGGAAAGGCUUACUUCUAAACACAAUUCUUGUUACACAGCAGAGUGUUCCUAUAGAAAAGAUACCCAAUUUAUAUUACACCUUCGGGGAAGAUUUUAAACAGAAUUUUGACCUAAUGAGAUGCUUCCAGAUUUACCCAAGAGAAAAACCUCAUAUUUGUCAUGAAUGUGGGAAAAGCUUCACCCAGAAUCUCCAUCUGAUUGAACACCGGAGAAUUCAUACCGGCGAGAAGCCCUACAGAUGUGACGAGUGCGGGAAAACCUUUAGCCACAGAUCCUCCCUUCUUGCCCAUCAGAGAAUCCAUACAGGAGAGAAACCUUACAAAUGUAAUGAAUGUGAGAAAGCGUUCAGCAGCAGUUCAACCCUGAUCAAGCAUCUGAGGGUACACACCGGAGAGAAACCCUAUCACUGCAAGGAAUGUGGGAAAGCCUUCAGCCAGUGUUCAACCCUCACCGUACAUCAGAGAAUUCAUACCGGUGAGAAACUCUAUAAAUGUGCCGAAUGUGAGAAGGCCUUCAAUUGUAGAGCAAAACUUCACAGACACCAAAGAAUCCAUACUGGGGAGAAACCCUAUAAAUGCAGUGAGUGUGGGAAAGGUUACAGCCAGUUCGCAUCCCUGGCUGAACACCAGAGGCUUCAUACCGGGGAGCAGCUGUGUAAGUGCUUGGAAUGCGGGAGAACCUUCACACGCAUCUCAACCCUUCUCGAACACCGGCGAAUUCACACCGGCCAGAAACCCUAUCAAUGUAACGAGUGUGGGAAAACCUUCAACCAGUAUUCCUCCUUCAACGAACAUCGUAAAAUUCACACCGGGGAAAAGCUCUACACCUGCGGAGAAUGCGGGAAAGCCUUUGGUUGCAAAUCCAACCUGUACAGGCACCAGAGAAUUCACACUGGAGAGAAGCCCUACCAGUGUAAUCAGUGUGGGAAGGCCUUCAGCCAGUAUUCGUUCCUCACUGAACAUGAGAGAAUCCAUACCGGGGAGAAGCUCUAUAAGUGUAUGGAGUGCGGGAAGGCCUACAGUUACAGAUCAAACCUGUGCAGACACAAAAAAGUGCACACGAAGGAAAAACUCUAUAAAUGGAAGGAAUAUGGGAGGCCUUUGAUCUACAGCUCCUCCCUUACUCAGUAUCAGAGAUUUCUUAGAGCAGAUAAGCCCGGUGAAGUUUAAUUCUUCUCUCAAGUAAUUCGAGACUCUUCGUUGGAGAAUAAUAAAUAGGGCACAGACUCUGGAUUGGAAUAAGUCUUUUUUUUUUACUUCUGGAGAAAAUAUUAUACUAGUUCCUGCUAAGUCAUGGUGAAAUUGAUCAGUGGGAUUAUGAAGAGCACUGAUUUGUCAAAUUUUCUAAGAACGAUUAAAUGCUAAUAAGGUUUCUAAGAACAUAGAAAAAUUUUUCAAUUUGUAGAAAAAUAUAAAAGGCCUAACUUGAAAAAACAUGAAAAUAAUGGAGUAUACAUUCUGCUUCUUUCAUUAGAGUUUAUUCCCUUUCUAAGAGCAAGCUUCAAUAUGAAUUUUCUUUUAAAUAUAGUCAUUGAGUUAAUAAUGUGAAUAGGCGUGAGGCUGUAUUUGCUAAAAUGGCAGGCAAACACAGGACAUGUGCUUUUCCAUAAAGAGAAGCUCAAGGUAAAAAAGAAUUCUUUAAAUUCAAAUUUGCAUGUGGAAAUAAUGAAGCUUACUUUUUAUGAACUGCCCAGCAGCAGGCUAUCUAUAUAAAUAUAUGUAUGUGGACAUAGGACAUACAGACAUACACACAUAGCUUUAGAAUAUAUGUAUAUUUUUCCCAGAAGUCUCUGAUGAUUAAAAAAUGUGGUUUCAUUAAUUUAGAAUUAGUUUUCAAAAUUAAAAUUUUGCCCAAAAGGAAUUUCUUUUCCUUUUCCUUAGAUUAUUUUUUUUUAAGAUUUUAUUUAUUUAUUCGACAGAGAUAGACAGCCAGUGAGAGAGGGAACACAA